CAAAGAAAGAAAAAGAAGAUGAGGGAGACACAUCCGAUACAGUAGAUGGCAGUAUGCACCUUUUACGAUGGUAGUGAUUUGCCAGUAAACACAAAGAAGAAUUUUAGCGAGAGAGACGAUGCCAGCAGCAGAGCGAUCACAUGGUGUCAACAAAGUUGUGGACAACAUCUGUAGGCUUUCACCAGAUUUGCUGGCUGAAGCAUGUCAGCAUGUUCUGACUUAUCUUCAAGGGCAGACUAGAGGAGUAGAUUCGGCUGAAAUUUCUGAUAGAUUUCAGAGAGCUGGAGUCAGACUUGACCAUGAAGCUGUACAGAACAUUAUCAGAUUUCUCUUGUUAACAUUCAGGUCAGCUGGGAAGAACAACCUCUCUGGGGACGACCUUGUGUCGAGUCUGGAAGGCAGUAACAAGUGGCCUAAAGCUUCCCAUCAGGUGUUCCACAGGUUGUGGAGUGAACAUGGUGCAUUAGUCCAUGCUCAGCAGGAGGUCCAGGCCAUGCUCAGCAUCAGCCAGUUAGUGGACAUGCAGUGGAAGCUUGGGAUGGCAGUGAGCUCCGACACCUGCCGAUCACUCAGCUCCCCAUAUGUGUCUCUACUGCUGAAGAUCGUUGAGCCCUCUGGACAGAUUUACCAGCGGUCAUUUGAGAUGACCAUUCCACAGUUCCAGAACUUUCACAAGCAGUUCAAGGAGAUGGCAGCAGUUAUGGAGACUGUAUGAUGGUUGCAAGUACUCCUAAGUGUUUGUCGCAGUUUCACCCCCUGCUUACAUGUAAUCAGUGAAGGAACAGCUUGACAUGUGUUUGUCUGCUGGCUGUUCCAGUUGUCUGCUUUGCACUUCAAUUUUUCAUUCCACCUGCAUGAAGGUUAUAAUGUUGUCGGUUUUUGGUGCUGUUUUGCAUUAUAUAGAAAGGUGUUUCUGUUUAGCCAACACUCACCGAUAGUGACAGGUCUUUCUAUUAUUGUGUCCACCCCAUUCAUAACACAAUAUAAUUCAACAGCACCACAAAGUACAGCCUAAGACUGAACACUAACCUUUGUGAAGUAGGAUUUAUUGCAGGACUGCUGUAUUAAGACUGGGUUAGUAUUAGCUAGGUGUACCUGUCAUCUACACUACUAAUACUGCAAAAUUGUGCUUCAUUUGUUACAAAAUGUCUAACAUUAAUAUGCUAUACUUCAGUUCACCUGUGGUUUUGUACAGCUGCUGCCUAGGUUGCUGGAUUGUUUAUCUAGGGUACGGGGUUGUGCUUAGCCCACAACAUAAAAUCCUGUAGACUAUAUAGUUUCAGUAAGUGGCUAAAUUUUCAUAUAAACUUUGCAGUACAGUUUUUAGUUUGAAAAGCUAAAUGGUCCAUGUGAACUUUUUACAGUCCUUGUGCUUUUUUGUUAAUGUUAAUAAAUCAUGAAGACUUUCUUUA